UCUAUGGUAAUUGGUAGUUUUUUUUGUGUACUUCUUUUGGAGUGAGUUUGGUCCUUGGUCGAGUAAUCGAGUUAGAAAUUCAAAUUCCAAGUCCAACUAAAUAGGAAAUCUUACCACAAAAUAACCAUGAACUGAAAUUGAAGAUUUUUCAUAGGAGACGAGGUCAAUGCAUAACCUUAGUACGACACAUAAUACCGGCAAAAAACUGCAGCCACCAUCGUAUUUAUAAAUAAAAUUCAGGUGCAAGCAUCUAUUAGCUGGCGAUAUAUUCAUCAUGGUGAAACUAUCAGGAAGUAACUUGCCGAAGCGCCAGCACGAACUAAACAUUCAAGUCAACGAAACUGUUUCCAAAAAUGUCCCAUUCAAGGAGAUUGAAGCUGAAACAGAAACUUCAGAUGCUGAUAGACUAUUCAAAAUUGAUGUUGCUGCUAAGUAUAAAAACACUGAAUUUAUAAUCGAAACAUUGAAAUCGGGUGACUCUCUUUACAUAUCCAGAGUGCUCAAAAAAUGUUGUUGGCUCUAUGAUGAUGAAUUCGCUACUAUCAUGAACACUGAUUAUUUGCACUACAACAUAUUCCCAUUUAUGUCAUUAAAAAUGAAAAAGCAUUUACUGACAGCGUUAUACAUGAACAUGAGAAAUGAGAACCGUGCAGCUGAUUUCUACCGUUAUUGCAAAAAAAUUAAAUUGGAUGCUCUUGGAUAUAAAUUCCUAAAAUUCACAUCUGAAUCAUUCAAAUUGGAGUUAAUGCAAGAAAAUAUUUCUGAGAUUGAACGAAACGACACUGAGUACUGGAAAAUGUUCAUUGGUAACUCUUUUACACUGUUUGAAGAGUACUUACGGAGUUCAUGUUGGAAUAAAAAUGAUGCUUUUGAGAAAUUCAGUUAUUUGUACUCGGUAUCUGAUGUUCAGUACUUAGACUUGCUGGAGAAACAUGUUGACGAAUCGAAAAAUCGUUUUACGUUAAGCUUAAAAAUAACUAAGCACAUUGCUAUAAAACACAAAAACCGGAUAAUGGCGAAACCAGACUUGUAUGUGAAUAUACUCAAUGUUGGGAAAUUACUUAGGCAUAGUUCAUUGAAUGAAGUUGAGUUUUUCGCCAUUUUUCUGCUGCCAGCAAAAGUGUCUGAAUUUUGGAGCAAUCGUCAUCAAAUAAAGUUCAGGCAGAUAAUCAAUGUUGUUCCUGAGAACGAAAGAUAUGCUUUUGCCAAGAAGAUAUUUGCAGAUAAAUAUCACAAUGAAGAGUUUGAGAUGUGUAAAGAAUUUUACGUUGAAAAGUAUUAUAGCCUUAUGACGUUGGAUGAAAGGGAAGCUUGGGCUAUGCGCCACAUUGCCAGCGGAAAUGAAAUUUUUGGUAGUGGUAGAAACUUUAUUUGGUACAAAUUCGUUAACUUUACUAAAGCAUUUGAUGAAAUUAAAAAGCUAAUCCAGACUACAACUGAUAAGACUAAACGAUCUGAUCUUCUCAAAGUUUUAGUACAGUCUGCAACAAAUAAUGUCGAAGUUGAAAAACUGUUGCAAUAUUAUUAUGAAAGGCAUGUUAAUGAAAAUAAAACUAACAAAACAAUGUUUUUACUGAACAUUACGAGUCAUCAUAAUGUAUUUAAGUUUGAAGAUAGGUGCUGGACAGCAUUCACUAAAAUUUGUAACAGCAUGAAGGCUUUUGAUGCAGAUGGUGGUAAUCCUGAUUUCAAAAUUGUUGCCAUGUUAUUUAAUAUAAUCAAUGACAAAGAAAUGCCUGAUGUAUUAGUACAUUUUAUGGAAUUGUCCAUGCCUAUUUACUCCAUUAAAAAACACAUCGAAAAUAUAGACAAAGAAACUAAACUAAAAGUGUAUGAUUACAUUUUUAAUUUUUAUUUGAAUAGAAUUAUUAAAUUUCAACCAGGCAGUAAAGAUGAUAAAUUAGUAACCUGCUUGCAUUUUCUGUUGGAACUUAUGGCUUUGUUUGAAAAAACUAGAGCUGACAUUCCUGACAAUAUAAUAGAAUUUACGAAACAGGAUAAAGAUAGUUACAGGUAUCAGCAAAUACUCCAGAGGUCAGAUAAAGAAUUAACAGAAAGUGAUUUAAUAAAGUGUCUCAAAGAAGAUUCAAAACUAGCGAUUGAUAAGUUACCGGAAAUAAAGCAAGCAAUUAAUGAAUCCUGGACCUAUAAAACGAACAAUUUAUUAAAAAAGUUGAAAGUAUACUUUUCAGAAGAUGUUGGACAAACAUUCCUCAAAUUUUAUACUGAUUUGCUCUCUGAAAGCGUCGAGAAGAAUCAGCGUAGGGGAAUACAUUCUGCCGUGUACGGAAUAUUCCAACUAAGCGAUGAGAAACAUAAAAUUCGUUUCAUGGAAGAAAAUGCACCAGAAAAUGCGAAAAUCGAUCAUGAGCAUAUAGACGCGGGUUUAUUGAAAAAGCAGGAAGCAAUUUGUCGCUAUGUCAGCUACUCACGGCCGCUAGUGCCUCUUGCUAACAUCUUGAAGUACAUAAAGGGCGAUUAUGUCCACUACUGCUUGCCAAUGUUUAACCGGCUAUUCAUGAAUCUACCCAAUCCUACAUGCUUGAAAUUCGUCGAAUCUCUAAUAAAUUCUCCUGUUUCAACCCAAAAACACGGCUUAAGGUUAGCUUUUAAAUGCUUUAGUGCUGAAAAUUUGAAGAAACUUCUUUUGAAUGCUUGGAAAAGCACUAAAAAUGUGUCUAUUAGAAGUGUCAUAUACAAGAAUAUAUUUGAGAAAACUGCAAAUGAUCCUGAAAAAGAGUUGUACGAUAUCUUAAAGUUUUUGACGUUAGAUCUUAACGAUACCGAUGACGACGAUUUGUUUUCACUCUAUAGAACUUAUAAACUAUCUGCUGAGUUCGUGGGUGAAUUUUACGAUGCCCUUUGGACAGCAGUUAAGGUAUUUAUAGAUACCGAACAGAAUGUAACACGUAAAACGAACAUAAUAAAACAAAUCGAUGAUAAAAUAUAUUACAUGAAAAAAGAUACUGUGAAGGGUAUCGUUAUGGAGUACCUGAAUUCUAUGUUUAACCAAUGUGAAGCAAAUACUGCAAAUGUUCAAAAGUUUCAGUACUUGUAUCUUGCUAAAUGGGAACUGCUUGCGCAUUACAUUGAAUAUUUUACGAAAGAUGAAACUGAUUUAUCUGUAAGUAUUGAAAUGACCAAACUGAUUGUAACUGAAAUAUUGAAACGUUGGAAUGACGUUGCCUGCGAUAUUUACGUGUACAGACGGAUGCUCAAAGAAUUUGUGUAUAAUUUGGAUACGCCCAGAUUUGUACCGAUACCAAACACUUGUGCUCUCCUUUCGGAUACCACGUCAUUUGUAAAUGCUUUGCCUGUGUUCGAAGCGAUUUUAACGACUUUGGAGACCAGUUUGCCAUUACACGAAAUAUAUUGUUUUCAAUGGAAGUUGCGAAUCAUUAUAACAACACGGCGAGUGAUCAAAGAAGUUCAAGUGAACCCUGACACAAAUGGAGUGGAGAUGGUUGAAAAAGCUUCUGGAGAAUUCGGGAGACAAAUUGGUAAUUUAGUAAAAGAAGCCGUAAACAAUGCGAAAUAUUUCGCGCACUUUGUAAGUCAUUUGGCUGUUUAUAUUAACAGUAAUGCCCGAAAUAUUCAAAUGCAUCUACGUUUAAAUGGCGUCGAGGUGGCAGACCAUGAUAUUUUGGUGUUGACUGCCCGCGGAUUGUUAGAAUUGAAUACAAAUGAAACUAGUCUCUUGGCCUUGGAAAUACUGCCUUUAGACCCGAAAUGCAAUUUGAGUUUUUAUCAAUCUGUGUACAAAACUCUUAAAGAAAAACCUGAGCUUGAAAUCCAAUGUUGUAUGUCUUCAAAGUUUAGCGAUGAUUGUAAGAGAAGGCGAUAUGAAUAAGCCACUUUUUCCAAACAGUAUUAUAUUUUUAUAUGUAUAUUUAUUUACAGUACAAGUAACUUUAUUUUAAGUGUAUGAAAACACUUUUGCGGUGCCUUCAAAAAUCUACAUCUAAUCGUUAAUUGUUGAAUUAUGUAGUUGAUAAGUAUAGUAAACAAACGAUGAUAUUUUGUAGUUUGAUAACUUUUUUUACACAUAGUUGCACAAAAUUAUUGUUAACUUUAUUAAAUAUUAUGUCGCUAUGUAUGUUUUAUAUUGUACUAGGUUAGCCUUCUGUUUAAGAUAUACAAGUAACCUAUUUGAUUUAGAAGUUCCUAAUGUUGAAGAUUCUGAGACAGUUCAACCUUUUUAUGAGAUUUGUAUAAUAAUGCAUAUUUUAAAUGUGCCCGUUUCUAUUGA